AUGGCAGCAACGAUUUCAUAUAAUCCACCAAGUCUGUCUUCAUUCUUGACUGAUUCCAUUACCACCAUAAAGGCAGCCGCGCACCCGCCAGACAAUAUCUCGAUGCUCUAUCUCCCUACUUCGCACAACACGUCGGUUCACCUCGAUUUGAGCCCCUCUGGCCCUGGUGCCGCCCCUGCAUGUCUGCUCGUGAGUCGUCUCAACUAUACAAUUUCGACAAAUGUCGUGAAGACAUGCAAUAUCACUGUCCGCACCGGGACUACUGUCAAGACGAUCUUGGACACUAUCAAGUCAGCCAAUUACGAUCGAUAUAAGUUCGCCGAGGGGGGUCAGGGCUGCCGCUUCUGGGUGGACAAGAUGGUGACGUUGCUGCAGGAACGUCAAAUCGCCGUCAACGAAAUUGAAACACAGGCAGUUCAUAACGAUCUUCAGCGAGUUUGGUCUUCUGAAGGUCAGCCCGUGCCAGCUGCUCAGCUUACUGGGAUGAGCCCUGGUACUUUCUAUUAG